AUGUCGGUUUAUUUAACUAAAUCUAUGUUGUCUAAUUUAAAUAAGGUGAAAUAUCCAAAAUGCAAUUCUUUUAACGAACAUGAGAACUGCAGUAAUGAUGAUCAUUGGCAAAAGCUUGCUGUUGACGGAAAAGUUAGCUUAGCCAAGGACAUGAUCUGUAGAGUGUGUGCUAAGAGUGGCUGUACUCCACUAAGUGAUAAACUUGAUGGCUUUGAUAUAAUGAGUGCUAUUCGUAGUAUCACUAAUGUUUCGGUAACUUUUGAUGAUUCUCUACCUAAAUUUAUAUGUACCGAUUGUCUGGAAUCUUUGAAACUUGCUAUGGCAUUCAAGAGAACUUGUGUGAUUUCUGAUAGAAGAUUUAGAAAUUUGCUAAAUCCAAUGGGAGAUCCAUUAUUUUACUCAUAUCCGUAUUCAAAGCAUGAUUUUCAACUGAUUUUGCAUCAAAUGAAGUUAAAGAGAAUGAAAAUGGAGCAAAAAUCAGAGAAGGAACGCAAAAGAAGAGAAAAAAUGUUGCAGAAAAAAGAGUCGAAAAGAGUCAAGGAGUUUAAGUGUUCACCAUGUGAUAAAGUUUUUUCUACAAAAGAACUGCUUGUUGAACACCGUCGGGAAGCCCAGUGUAUGCGUCGAGCAUGUGAUAUCUGUGGUCAACUUGUGUUGAGUAUCGCCCAACAUAUGCGUCACAUUCAUAAGCAGGCUGUCCCUCAUAAAUGUCCCACUUGUGGUAAAGAGUUUCCUAUUAUAGCCCGCCUUAAAAACCAUAUGUUAGUGCAUACAAACACCUUCAAUUUUUUCUGUGACCUAUGCCCAUACAAGUGCAAACAUAAAUAUUACCUGGUGAUGCAUAUGCGUACACACACUGGUGAGAAGCCAUACAAAUGUCCGCAUUGUCCCGCAACUUUCGUUAACCCCUCUAAUUUGAAUAAACACAAACUUACACAUCAGGAGAAACAAUUUAAGUGUAUUUUAUGUGAAAAAGCGUUUCGGACCAACUCGGCACUACGAGAACACCACAAUGCUGCGCAUAUGAAUAUAAAGCAUACCUGCAACUUCUGUGGGCGGGAUUUUUGUUACAAAUCAGACUUGAGAAAACAUGAGAUCCGUAACCACAAUCGAACAAAGAGAGAUUAUUUGGGAGGGGAGCCAAGUUACAAACAAGUGGAGAGGUUACAGAAGACACAAGAGGACAGUGAGGUCAUGGAUAAAUGGCGAUUGCAGCAACAAAUAGUUGUGAACCAGCCGGCCCCGGUGCAAGCCACUUUUAUUGACCAGGGCAAGGAGUUCAUACAGACGCAUCAAACAGUGUACUUCUCUGACGUCACUGCGAUAAUACAGCAACCGCAAAUUGCUCAAACACAAACAGUGGAGAUAACAUUGCCCGAAAUAGUCAUGAAAAAAGAUGAAGUAAAAGUAUAUGAAGCGGAUCAAGCGAUAGGAUAUUUUUAA